UCCAGAGUUCAUUGCAGUGGGAAAACUGUUCUCUCCUGCAACGCAGAACUUGGCUUUGCAGCAGCAGGUCCAGCUCCGGAGUCCGGCUUAGCGGACCAUGGCGACGUAUGGCCUGCAAAUUGUGGCGCUGAUGCUCGGGGGCACCGGUCUGGUGGGCACAGUGGCCGUCACCCUGAUGCCCCAGUGGAGGGUGUCCGCCUUCAUUGAGAGCAACAUCGUGGUUUUUGAAACCCUCUGGGAAGGGCUAUGGAUGAACUGUAUGCGCCACGUGAACAUCAGGAUGCAAUGCAAAGUCUACGACUCGCUGCUGGCUCUGUCUCCCGAUCUGCAGGCCUCCCGGGGGCUGAUGUGCACCGCCUGCGUGCUGUCCCUUCUGGCUUUCAUGACGGCCAUCCUGGGCAUGAAAUGCACCAGGUGCACCGGAGACGACGAGAAGGCGAAGGGUCACAUUCUGCUCACCGCCGGCAUUCUCUUCAUCGUCACUGGGCUCGUGGUGCUCAUCCCGGUGAGCUGGGUGGCCAAUUCCAUCAUCAGAGACUUCUACAACCCCAUAGUGGAUGUUGCCCAAAAGCGGGAGCUGGGGGAAGCUCUGUACCUCGGCUGGACCACGGCGCUGGUGCUGGUGGCCGGGGGGGCUCUGUUUUGCUGUGUUUCUGGCUGCAGUGACAAGAGCCGGAGCUACAGAUACACCGUCCCGUCCCAUCGCACCACCCCAAAGAGCUACCACGUGGAAAAGAAAUCAUCCAGUGUGUACUCAAAAAAUGCGUAUGUGUGACUGCGCUUUUUUUUUUAGCUUUACAUGCAAAUGACUAAAAUGUCUACUGUUUCCUAAAAAUGCAACCCAAAGAAACAUUGAUUUGCCUUCUUUACUGCCUGCCUUAAUGACAGGAACUGCACCUCAGCUAUUUAUGAUUCUAUAAGCUACACAGAAUAACAUGUUAUAGGCAUCGCUUUGAUUGUUCUAGGAAAUACAGUCAUUUGUUUCUAAAAUGCUUCAUGUAUUUUUUUUUUCUUUUUAUCAGUUCCUUCAAAAUGACAUUGUUGAAGAUUGUAACUGUGGUUUCUCUAUGACUUGGUGUUAUGGAUAGAGAAGAGUGUGUGAUGUUUAUCUUUCCUAAGUAGAGAGGCUCAUGGUUCUAUUGUAAAGGAAAUACUGAUCCAUAAAUAGAAUUCAGCUAUUGCUUUUCAGGGGAAUCGGGGAUAAGAUUGAAGAAGGUUAAUAUUAAUUGUUUAAAAACAGCUUAGUGAUGAACAUACCUGAUUUAUAAUGAAGGUUAAAACGAAAGCUUUAAUCAGCAGUGUGAAGGAAGCUAAAAUGCUUUUUGAUAUCCAUUUUCAGCCUAGGAGUUAGAAAUCCUAACUCCUUCAUCUUCCUUUCCCAGAGGCUUUCCUUCCUUGUAUAUUAAAUUAACAACUGUAAAAGGCAGAUAUUUGUCAAGGGGCUUUGCAAGCUAACUAUUUUUCCAGUUGGAGCUUAAGAAGAAAGAUGAAAAUGUGGUCUGAGAAAAAUGGGAGACUUGACUACUUUCCCCUCUUAAGCUGAAGAAGAGUAUAUUUUGACAUGACAGCUUACAUGGAGGGGAAAUUUUAGUAACUACUUGAAUACAGACUGCAGAACUUAAUCAGUAUAAAUAAUGGGACAAAACCAGUAAGUCUUAGUUUAUGUUUGUUUACCAAAUACACACUGUCCUUUGUAAAGGAUCUCUUCCCCUAUGUGGAGUCAGUAGACAAGAGGGUCAUUUUAGGCCUGGCAAAGGUGUCUUUUUCAUUUCUUCCAUUUUGCUCAGUCUUACUGAGGCAUAAAAAUGUUCUUUGUGUCCCCACAAUUUGAUGAAAGUGAUGUCUCAAUUUGAAAGUUUGUGUCUACCCUUUACUAGCAUAAAUGACUGGU